CAGAGGUCCAAACAUGUCCAUUAAGGGUUGGUGACUUGAUGAUAACAUAAACGACGCCGUAUGAUUGAGUGAUUACGAAAAGCUCAAGAACUUUAGAAGAUGCAACAAAGAGAUGGUAGAGCAGAGAACGAUGGCGGAAACCGUGAGCGGCGGAACGAUGGAGACGAUCUCCGAUCGGCUGUCGCGGCUCGAGAACCUAUACUUCCCCCUCGCCGUCAAGUCGUCGACCGCCACUUCAUCCUGCCGGAAGUCCCUCCUCCUCGACCUUCUCUCUCGUGACGCCCCUCUAUUCUUAGAGCGCUAUGGAUCACUUUUGACAAAGGAGGAGCUUAGAGAAUUUGAGGUGUUAAAGGACGAUUAUGAAAUUAAUUGGCAUUUAAAACAUCUACGUAGUUUGAUUAGCCCGACUGAAGCAGAACUGAAGUCUAGAUCAGCAAAGGUCAAGAACCGGAGGAGGGCAUAUAUGGACAAGUUGGUUAGUGGAGGGCAGUACUUCUCGGAGGAUGCAAUGAGGGAAAGGGAGCCGUAUUUGCACCAUGAGUAUAUUGGGAAAUUUCAGGACCCCGUUGGGAGGAGAAUGGCAAGGCCCGGGGAGAGAUGGUCGGAGACACUUAUGAGGCUGUCAGAGGAGGCAGUGUUGGUGGAGAAAAUCAAGAAUGAGCAGCAGAAACGGGGCGUGGCUCAAAGUGAUUGGAUAGGGUUUGGGAGGGAUGCUCAUGAAGAGGAGGUUAAAGAUGAAGCCGAGGAAGAAGAAGAAGAAGAAGAUGAUGAUGAUGAUGAUGAUGAUGAUGACGAUGAAGAAGAAGAUGAUGACGAUGGUGAUGAAGAGAAGGGUUCAGGAGAAGAAGACGAAAAGGACAAAAAGAACACUAUGGCAGAUGGACUAGAGAUACACUCAGGCGGUCAUGAUAGCAGCAGCAACCUCCCGCCUGCUACCAUGAAACCUACGGAGGUAGAUAUCUUGUCCGCUGAGGAUAUGCAAGAUCGAAUGGACCAGUUUACAAACAUCAUGCAACACAAAUUUUUACUAGGGGUGGAUAACUGGGAUUACUCGAAAAUUGACGAGGACGAAAGCUUGGAUGAUCAUUGGCUCAAAGAAGCCAAUUAUGAUGCCGAAGAGAAGUACUUUGAUGACAUCUGAAAGACCGGUAAGGUUUUUACUUCAGCAACUAUGCAGUUAUUUAACUGUUUUUGUGUCUUGCACUCUCAAGUAUCAACAACGUAGUACUUGAUUUCUUGGCAGCUCUUCAUUUUGAUUUCGUCAUGAUCAUUGUGUGCAUUGUAAAUGUAAUAGUUGGAAUCAGGUCAAGUACUUUUGUCUGCUUUUUGCUUUGAAUUCAUCUUUUUGUGAGUUUGACCACCCCCACCCCAGUAGUAUAUGAGUGCUUAUACUUCAAGCUGUGAUGGUAAUGGGAUG